ACGUCAUAAAGGGGCGAUUCCCGCUAUGCUAUGCUGCGCGGUCCUCGCAGGCUUCCGUCUGCACCUCCCCUAGGUGUCCCCUUGGCCCGGGAGGGAGGGCGUCUGAGUAGGAAGUGGUUUCGGGCGGGCGUUUGGCGUUUUUCGCUGCCAGUGGUGUCUGGAUAGGCUUAGGAUCGGCCCACAGGUCAUGGCUCCUAAGAAGCAAGAUAAAUCAAGUGAAGGAAUGAAGGAAGGAGAAAUUUGCUGGCUUUGAAUAUCAUUUCUGGGGAGGACUCUAGACUCUAACUGGAUACUAAGACUUGUGACUAUAAGAACUUCAUGGCAGAUGCAGAAGAGACAAAAUAAGUACAGUCCAUAUUGCUCACUAUUUCUUGAACACAGAAGAAAAUGACUGAGGCCCAGGAAUCUCUUACACUGGAGGAUGUGGCUGUGGAGUUCACUUGGGAGGAGUGGCAGCUCCUGGACCCUGCUCAGAAGGACCUGUACUGGGAUGUGAUGUUGGAGAACUAUAACCAUUUGGUGUCACUGGGGUAUCAAGCUAGCAACCCAGAUGCACUGUCCAAGUUGCCACAAGAAGAACCAUGGAUAUUAGAAGAUAAAAUCCAGAAUAGUUCAGGAAUCAGAAAAGUUCACAGUUAUCUGCAAAUAUACUCUCCAAACCAAAGAUUUCUGAGGAGCAUGCGACAAUGCAGUGAACAGAAUGCGUUUAGAAAUAUUUUUCAUCUGAGCAAAACACAUUUGCCCUUAGUGCAAAAUCGUGAUAUGUUUGACUUAUGCAGACAAACUGUGAAAUCAUGUUUAAGUUUAGUCAACCAGAAAAGAAGACAUGAAACAAAUAACUCUAUUGAGUUUAGUGGAGGUGAGAAAACCCUUCUACAUGGUAAACAUGAACAUAUGUAUACAAAUAUUCAAUUCCCUGAAAGUAAAAAGUCUGUUGAUGCUAACUUCCACAUCUUUAAGCAUCAGAGGACUCAGAAAAUUGAGAAACUCCAUGCAUCCACUGAAUUUGAGCAGACCCUCCUCGGGAAGUCUCAGCUUGUUUGCCAAGAGAGCAUUCAUACAGGAGAGGUAUUCUAG